GUCAAGGUCUGGUUCCAGAACCGACGUACCAAGCAGAAGAAAGACCAGAGCAGAGACUCUGAGAAACGUUCCACCACCACCUCCUCCACCUCCGAAUCCUUCGCCACCUGUAACAUCCUCCGGCUGCUGGAGCAAGGUCGGCUCCUCUCCGUCCCAGCUCCUCCCAGUCUGUUGCCAGCCCCCCCGUUAUGUUUUGGGGGGCCACUCUUGGGUGGUCUCCACGAUCUCCCGGGCGCUUACGGACUGGGCACGUCUGCCUUUGAGCCUUACACGCGGCUGGAAAGGAAAGACAAUUCUCUACCCAGCAAGAAGCCAAGCCCUUAA